AGAUCGCAGCCGUAAUAGUUAGGUCGAAUCGUCGAUUAAUUUCGCGUCAAGUGGUGGUUAAAGUGUCCGGAGGAGUGAACCUCUGGAUGUGGAGCAAAGGAUUUCUUAAUUGUUUCCGCUAUCCAGGAGUCUCUCUGGGCCGCUUGUAGCACCGUCCAGAGAGUCUAGACAGGGUAGACAUGCCGGGUGUGAAAGAAGCGCGAUAAUGAUGCGACUUCGAUUCGUAAAGACAUUGUUGGUGCUCGCUCUUUUGGGAAACAUUAUAAUCUGGCAUAGAAUAUGGAGGUUAUUUGCCGUUCAGCAGAGUCCGCGUACUUCAAACGUCAGUCUCACUACUGUCGAGGCACCUCUAAAAUUUCAUCGUCGUCUUGCACGAAUUGUAACAGUGAUAAUAAGACAGUUUGAAUCCUUUGAAAAUGAUGUAGCUGCCACUGUUGAAUCUAUCCUUAAUUCCUUUCCCACUAUUCCAAUUCUCAUCGUUUGCGAUGAACUACCUUAUCCACCAUUGGAAUUAGAUUUUUUAAAUAAAAGCAUGAAAAAUGUCAAGCUCAUCAACCUACAACCACAGUUUAAUAAGUCGUUCGAAGAACGCAAUCCACUGUUUUAUGUGCGCACUAAAUAUGUAUUGAUUUUGCCUGAUGCUACUAGACUCUCUAGUAAACAAGUGAUGCAGGAAGCUAUAUCUCGUGCAGGAAAGUUUGGUGCUGUGUCUAUUCCUGUAGGAAGAGGUCAUUUAGAUUGCUACAGUGUAGGUCUAAGGGUUAAGCAAUGGAGUUUACAUUUAAGAACCAUCGAUGGCGAUGAGUGUGAUGCUGUAGUUGGUAGGCAUGCCACUGUCAUCGAAGCAAAAACUUUGAGAAAGCUAUCGGAUCCAUUUUUACAACCCUUCACAGAUGCUCUUUACAUUCAGACAUCUGCUUUAAGAACCAAGAUACACAUAACAAGAGAGCAUCGAUUGAAUGAAGGGAAGCCACUGUUCCGCAGUCAUCAAGCUCAAUGGAAGGUGGUCCAGCUCCGUCAAAAACGUGAACGAGCAAUGUUUGAGAAGCUUGGUAUAAAAAAGGUGACUCGUGCCUCAGGAUCUGUCGAGUGGUAUGGUUGCUCAAGAGAUACCACUCGUUGCUUCGGAUCAGUUGUCAACGGCAUCCCCUCAUACCUCUAUCAAAAUAGAUACACACCACCCUGCUGUCUUGCCGGUUUACGCAAAGUUGCGCACCACGUUUUCAAUAGACUGGAAGAAGCUGGCGUUAGGUUUUGGUUAGAAGGUGGUUCCCUGUUAGGAGCCAUGAGGAACUCGGACAUCCUCCCAUGGAGUCACGAGAUUGACGUAGGAGUAAAUCGUGAUGAUAUUACCAGAUCCCCCUGGCUUGCCAAAGCCAGAAGCAAACCGGUCGUCGACAGUCAGGGCUUCGUCUGGGAAAAAGCAACCGAGGGAGAGUUCUUCAAAGUCCAAUAUUCAAAAACCAACCGACUCCACGUGAACGUCUUGCCGUUUUAUUCAAAAAAUGGUACCAUGACUCGAGACGCAUGGUUUUUGAAAAAUCGUGACUUUCCUGAACAAUUCCUACACCCGAUGUCCAGCAUCGAAUUUGCCGGCAGGCAUGUGCCAAGUCCAAAUAAUAUACGUGAUUUCCUUGAGAUUAAGUAUUUUCGGGGUGUCAUAGAAAACCCAGAAAUACCCGUUAAAAUAUCUACUGAUUAAGAUCAUGGAUAUUCCUUAUCCCCUACGUUAUUCCUUUUUCUUACUUAUGUCAUUACUUCUCGUUUUAUGCAUUCCAUCUUGAGGAAGGGGAUUAACGGACAGUGCCAAAAUUAGAUGAGUAUUAUAUACCUUAUCAGUAUUAUAGAAUAUUGGGCUUCCGUAUUCAUCUUGUAUUUUUUUAUUCUUUUACUCCUGUUACUUCGAAAAAGUAUUUUAUUAUCAGUAGGAGUGUAGUCAAUUAUUUGAAUGUAUAACUUCCAUCAUGGCCCAACACUAUAUAGAAGUUACUUUAAGCGCGAGAGCAGAAAUACAACCUUUAGAUCAUCAUUAAUAUACUCAACUGUUAAUCUAGAUGUUAGAAAUGAAAAACUAUUAGUAUCAAGGUCGUCAGAUUGUAACACGGCCUAGGAAUAAUUAACUGUGCUAUUAAAUAUAAAUUGUGUCACAAUCUACCUUGAGGCGGCCCGUGUGUUAUGAUAAAAUAUAUUGUAUAUGUCUGUUAAUAUAAAUGAUCUGACAAAUAGUAUCUCUUUCUGACUGCUAAAUUUCAUUCUAAA